CUGCCCUUUUUCCGCAAACUUGAGACGGACACCGACUUCUCCGACGACUUUCACGGCACUGAGGGGCCUAUUAUAUGCCACCGCUUCAAGCGCGAGACAUGGCUGCCGGCGCAGACAGGGUUCUACAACGCCUGCAUAGACGCAGGCUUCCCCAUCGUAGAGGACCUGAACGCGCCGGACGCGCAUGGCGUGGGGCCGUUCCCGUGCAACAAUCCCGAUGGCAUACGCUGGAGUACGAAUGUGGGCUACCUGAGCCAGGCGCGCCACCGCCUGAACCUGACCAUCAGGGCGAACUGCAUGGCGCACCGCCUGCUAUUCGACGGCAAGCGAGUUACCGGCGUCGAUGUGGAGAGCGGCGGCGAGCGGUUCAUCGCUGAGGCGGAUCAGAUAGUCCUCAGCAGCGGCACCAUCGCUAACCCGCAGCUGCUGAUGCUGUCGGGCGUGGGGCCUGCCGACCACCUUCAGGAGAUGGGCAUCCCGGUGGUGCAUGACCUGCCCGGCGUGGGACGCAACUUCAGCGACCAUCCGUUGAUAUUCAUCACUGCUAGCGUGCAUGACCAUGUGGACCUGGACGGGCUUGCGCCGCGCAUUCAGGUUGGACUGCGCUACACGGCGACAGGCUCGGAGCGCCCCAACGACAUGAUGAUGUGGAUGCAGUCGUUCGCGUCCGAGCGCAUCAACCGGGGCGGCGACCGCAUGGAACCCCUUGGUAUCCGCAUCACAGGCUCGAUCUACCUAGCCGCGAGCAAGGGCAGAAUCACGUUGACAUCGAGCGACCCGUAUGUGCAGCCGUUCCUCGAUUAUCACCUGCUGGAAGACCCGGAGGACAGACGGCGCAUGCGCGAGGUGGUGCGGAUGGCAGUGGAUACUUUCAAUCAUCCCGAACUCGUGGCGAUGGUGAAGGAGCGGACUGAACCGCUCGACUCGGACCUGGAAUCGGACGACGCGCUGGACGCCUGGAUGCUGCGCGAGGUUACGACCGGGCAGCACCUGACGAGCACCUGCCGCAUGGGGCCUGCGAGCGAUCCGAUGAAUGUUGUGGACCAGCGCGGGCGGGUUCAUGGUAUAGAUGGGCUGAGGGUGGCGGACGCUUCCGUAAUGCCGGACACCGUACGCGCGAACACGAAUGUAACGACGAUGAUGAUAGGGGAGCGGAUUGCGGAUUACAUACGGCGAUGUAGACAUGUUCGCGUCCUUGACGCCCAAACGCACCGCAUAUACCAUCGCAUCUAA